AUUUGAAUUAUAAAUUCAAUCAAUGCGAUUAUUUUAAAUAAUUACAAUGUUGUGUAGAUAGAUAGAUAGACGUUUAUUGGUACUGAUCAUACACUGUCAAACAUUGUUAAAAUAUUACACAAAAGAUGUCUUAAUAUUAUUUGUACAUUAAAACAAAACCAUAUAAAAAAGAUCAAUAGGACAAUUUAUAUAAUAUUUAAAAAAAUCACAAUUAAAAAUAAUAGGAUUGCCGCCUCGCAGCUCGUCGAUCAGGAACUGUCGUACCUCGGUAGUAAGUAAACGAGAAGGCGUAUGAUGUACGUAUGUUGAGAUUAUGGCGUCUGAGAUAUCCCUCACCUUCCUGUCCUUAAAGAUAGCACAUAUUACGACCCCGAGUGCGACACAAUGAAUCCGGAUCCGAAUGACAAAAAGCAACGCCCGUGGAUCAACAAGAUCAAGGACACCGGGAGCUGCUACCGCUUGUUGUUGCAACAUUACAUAAACUGGUAUGAAGCUAAAGCGUUUUGCGACGAGCUGGACGCAGAGCUGCUGGUCAUAGACAACGCGGUCGAGCACGAGGUUGUCAAAGACAUCCUCUGGGAGGUGAACUACACGCAAGCGCAAAACCAGUAUUUUUUCACGGAUCUGUUUCGGGUCAAUGAUUAUUAUACCGAUUGGAAAUGCAAUUGUCAUCUGUAUCAAACCAGAUAUAACGAGAGCCUCCACGAAAUUGGGUACGAGCCGUGGGCGGAGGACAAGACCAGUCUGAACGAGAGCCAGUGGUACGACGCGGCCGUGGUAGUGCGCACCCGCGACGGUCUCCUCGAUGAGAAGAUCGUGGAUAGAUCUUACGGGUGGCGCUGGAUUCGCUAUAAACCAUUUUGUGAAAAGAGAAGGCUACUGAGACCGUUCUAUUAAUGUCCGGCGCUGGGCUACUGGAGAAUAAGACGGCGGCGCAUAACAUAAAUACAAGGCUACGAUGUCGAACUAUGUUU